AUGGUGAAGCCCGCUGUGUCUGCUACGGACACGGCGCCGCAGAAAAUGUCGCGAUAUCGGUCCGUUCGAGAGGCCAAGGGUGCCGACUGCCAUGAACUACCUGUUCAAUCUACCCAGUCGGCCGUGGGCACGACAAACGAUCAGAACCCGUCAAUCGCCAGAAGCAUGUCUCGGUACCGCCGCAAUCGCCCCUCCGCAAAUAGCAGCACGGUCGCAGCGGCGGCUCCUCCAACCCCGCCUAUGCCAGAUCAUGCCCGUGCACAGGCCCAGGUGGAUGCGAUGGCACAGCUCACGGGUGGGAAAGAGACGUCAUUUUCGAAACCCUUGCGGUCGGUUAAAUCGGAGAAGGUGCAGGUUGAGAAAGAUGGGGCCAAGACGAAGGCUACUCGCUCAACACCGGAGGCUCGCGAUCUAGAGGGUCGCCAAGCAAACGCACAUGCCUCACCCAACGACAAAACCCGCAAGUCUUUCUUCCAAAGAGUGGGACUCUCAAAGAACAAAGAUUCGAUGAAUUCUGACGAGUCCGCCCCCAGGUAUAUUGGGGUGGGCGGAGGAGGUAUCGUCCCUGGAAUAGAUGCACCGAUUUCCGCUGUGAAUGCUGGAGAACGCCGAGUCACCGUGCAGUACCACAAUACCUCAGUUGAACUGCCUGUGACGCCAUCAACUCAAGUGCAGGAUCUACUUCUGUCCGCCUCCAAAAAGCUCUCUCGAGACAUCGACCCUGAACAGUUCAUCGUCAUUGAAUCCUUCCACCAGGUUGGCCUGGAGAGAAAUCUGCGCCGUUACGAGCGUGUGCGGGAUGUCAUGAACUCCUGGGCACAUGAUGGGGACAACCAGCUGAUUGUCAUCCCUCCUUCGAGCAUGGAUGCUCUCGCCCAACUGGACGCUCAGCUUGUUCCGAGCGAGAAGCCCGGUGAGACAAGUGUUUACCUCUAUUACUCUCAGCGUCCCGGGAAAUGGAAUAAGCGAUACGUGACACUAUGUCCUAAUGGUCAGGUCACCAUUGCAAAGAAGGAGUCCGCCAAAGAUCAUAUCGCCAUCUGCCAUCUUUCCGACUUUGACGUUUACAGACCUAACGCACGAGCUCUUGCGAAGGAAAUAAAACCUCCCAAGAAGAUCUGCGUGGCCAUCAAAAGCCAGCAGAAAUCUUCCAUGUUUUUGUCUACCGACAAAUUUGUGCACUUCUUCAGUACCAAUGACCACGCCACGGCCGACAGGUGGCUCAAAGUGACCCAGGCGUGGCGGAGUUGGUAUCUGGUGAACAAGAUGGGAGUAACCGAGAAGAUCGAGCCUGAUGUCUCACUUCCAGCGAGAUCUCUGACGAACCGGCUCACUGAUGAUUCGGGGCCACGCCCAUCGACUUCCAGGGCUCAGAAGAAGAGCAGCCGUGAACAUGCUCCACCGCCAUCGUCCUUCCCUAAGGAUUUGGCUAUCGAUACCACCGUUGGUGGCUACGGCCCCGCCCCGGGAAGACCCUCCGAAGAAAUGGAGGCUACCACCUUUUCCCCUGGCGGGUUGCUGGGUAGAACUUAUACACAGCGAAAAAAUGCAAUGCAUGAGAGAGAAGAGAGAGAGAAGCGAGCGAAGGAACAACCCUUCACGGAACAGGGUCUCCUUAAUGAAAGCCCUGCUUUCUCGCCCGAGUACUCGUCGAAUCACCAGAACCACCGCUCAAACACCAUGACUCGCGCGCCGGAUGGUCUUCGUCGGUCCUUGUCUGCCAGCCAGAAGCCGAAGCCUCUUCUUGACCUAACACCGGUUUUCCAAGAACCGCCACAGCACACGCGCAAAGGUCGUGGUGUGACUGUCGAGCCCGGCGUAAAGCUUGUCGACGCUGCCACUGGACCUGAGUUCGCCGUUAGUGCGGUGGCUAUCCCGUCUGCAACAACAUGGCGACGACCGUCUGCCGAAGUGUCCUCACAGACCCCUUACCGCUCCAACACCGCUCGCAGCAUACGCCAAGCAUCGCAACCACACAAACCCUCACAGAUGAGUUCUGCCGAGGGCAGUCCCACCGUACCGACCAACCCCUUUCAACCGAACAGCUUACUGGCUUCCUCCAACAGAGUGGCCGGCCAGAGCAAGCCAUUCAAAGGGCGUGGCGUGGCAACAGGUGACCGCAACGCCACGCAGCCGUUGCUAGACAUGUCUCCCGAAAACCCGUUUGCAGAGGGCAGCCUUCUCCAGAAGCUGUAA